AUGUCCGGAAAAGCGAGACUCUCCAAAACAAUCUUGGAGAUGAAAUUUAUGAAGAAGACCAGAGAUAAAGUGCUAAAGGCUGAAGAAUCUGAACAAAGCUGCUCAAUGUACUCCAGUGAAAUCACCAAAAAGAUGCUGACUGGAUCAAAUCUCAUCGUAGAACCUAGCUAUGUACCAUGUGAAGAUCUCCUGAUUGGGAGAUUCAGUUUUGGUGGAAUGAAUCCUGAACUGGAGAGAUUGUUGUUAAAAGAACAAGCUGGAAAGAUCAAUGCAAAUUUGGAGCAGGAAAAAGAAAUGAUCAAGGACGUUACCGAUGAUAAAAUGGCCCUUCAGUACACAAAGUUCCAGAAAACCCUUAGCAAUAAAUACGCAGCACAGGAACGGAAGUCUCAUGGAAGGGCAAAGGAUGGGAAAAUUCAGAAGCCCUAUCAAAAAAAUCCCAAAUUCAAGAAGGAAUAUUCAUGAAUUGUGAAUUAUAGGCAGACCAUUUAUAUAUAAUAUUAAUAAAUGAUGAUAAGAUG